AUGACAGCACUCUCCUGGGAAGUCAGAGAUGUGGGUUUCAGUCCCCCUGAAGCUGAGGAGUGCCAAGAUCCCAGGUCUUCCACUUCCUGGCGAGUGCCACGAACAGGCUGGGUGUACAGGAACGUAGAGAAACCAGAGAGUGUAUCAGAUCACAUGUACAGGAUGGCAGUCAUGGCUUUGGCAACUGAAGAUAAGAAGCUCAAUAAAGACAGAUGUAUCCGACUAGCUCUGGUUCAUGAUAUGGCUGAAUGCAUUGUUGGAGACAUAGCACCUGCAGAUAAUGUCUCUAAAGAGGAGAAACAUAAGCGAGAGGAGACAGCUAUGAAACAGCUGACCCAGCUGCUGUCAGAGAAUCUCAGAAAAGAAAUCUAUGAACUUUGGGAAGAAUAUGAAUACCAGUCUACUGCAGAAGCUAGGUUUGUAAAAGAACUGGAUCAGUGUGAAAUGAUACUCCAAGCAUUUGAAUAUGAAGAGUUGGAAAAAACGCCUGGAAGACUGCAGGAAUUCUAUGAUUCAACUGCAGGAAAAUUUAGUCACCCAGAAAUAGUUCGGCUUGUGUCUUCUGUUAUUAAAGAGAGAAAUGAAAAAAUAGCUGCUACAAGUAAGCCAAGCUCAUCAGACAUUGUCUAGUUGUUGCUCCUAAAAUAAAAUAUUUAUUAUUUUACACUCA